GAUGGGGGGCAGGUGAGGACACCGCUGGCGGACGAUCUGACAGAGCUCAGCACGGAAUUCGUGCCUAUGUUUUUGGAUGACGAGGACGAAAUCGUGGUUGAAGGUGAAACGGCGACGCCAGAGGAGGAGAAGGGAGGUGAGGCUUCAAAUGGCGACCCCGACUGCGACGCACUGGCAAGAACCAGCACGGCCUCCGGUCAAGAAGUCGGGGUAGUGAUCACCACUUUUCGUCUCCUCAAACCCUUGAAUACCACCACCAUUAUCGGACUCGACCGUCUGAUGACACGAGGCGCUGAUUAG